AUGACUACCGCUAUCCCAAUAACUCCCCCCAUGACCCACAAUCAUCUCAAUAGAAAACCAUCUACAUCUUCAAUUAAGCCAGCCCUCGAAGCAACUUACUCAGAAGAGUAUGACACCAUUGCCACACAUCCUUACACAAAGGCCUUACUGGCUCUGGGUCGGUUUGAUAUCGAGCAUCCUUACGAUCUCCCCGAGGAGCAAGCUGAAUACUCUCUAACAGCUGGAACUUUGGCUGGCCCCAAAAUGAUUGCACACACUCCUCUCACUCUUGUUGCGCGGCGUUCUCCAGGUCAAAAAGCUUUGGCUCCACGUCCAAAGUCUCCAGUGAUUCCUGGCUACAACGAUGGACCCAUUUCAGAAGAUGAAGAAAAUGAUCAAUUGUAUAAUGAAAUAAUAGUCUUCUAUCACCUCGGUGAAAAACUUUGCGGUCAUCAGGGCUUGAUCCACGGAGGUCUAUUGGCCACCCUUAUGGAUGAAAGUCUCUGCAGAUGUGGCUUCCCAUGUCUCCCUAAUGGCCUCGGCGUCACUGGUUCCCUCAACAUCAAGUAUCUUGCACCAACUCCCUCAAACUCCAUUGUGGCACUGCAUGCCCGGUGCAUCAAAGUUGACGGACGUAAAGCUACCAUAAAGGGCACCAUUUCUGUCGUCCAGAGUGGAGAUGAAUCCUCAGAAACUCCAUAUACAGCCAAGACAUGCGUCUCAGGUGAAGCUCUCGUCAUUGAACCUAGAUGGGUGGCUAAGAUUGAUAACGGACAUUUCUCAAAACCUACCACUCCUGAUGUUUCCAAACCCUCAUCUCCCUCUGCAUCUAAGCCCUCUACUCCUCCAGCAACUGACUAA